AUGGAUGAACCUUCCCAACAGCAACAAGUGCUCAUGGAGCUAAGCAUGAUACUAUCGACUGUCAAACAUAUAAAUAGCAAUUUGGUGAAAUUGAAUGAAAUCGCUUCGAGUGCAGACAACGCACAAAUUAUCAGACAACACAUCAAACUAUUGAAUGAGUUAAUGCGGCAAUUGAGUUAA